AGAGACCUUGUUCAACUCGCUCGGGUGCAUUUUUCAGUGCACAUGUAAAGAAGAGCACCUCCUGCACGUAGUAUCAUAUCCAUUUUGUUUUAGUAUGACCGGUGGCUGAAUGUUGGCUGGAUUCAGUUCGGAUGAUGGAGAACAGAGUGUUAAAGCACUCAGAGGACUGUAAAGAUCCUCCUCAGCUCUUUACAUACUAUCAAGGCGACAUCAACACUGCAGUAGAUGAGCACUUUUUCCGUGCCCUGAAUAAAGCAACCAUACCAAAAGACCUAAGUACUAAAGCCAAGGACAGCAAUAGGACUCCCAAAUCUGAUGUACCAUCAUCCUCAUGGGCUUCUUCUGGUCUAACGUGGCCUAAGUCCACACACUCUUCUGGUUCCUCAAAACUGACCCAGUUGGCAUCCAUGGAACCUACACCUCCAUCCCAGGGAGUUAUUGUGAAUCCCUCAGUACUUUCAUCAUCAUCGUCAUCCCUCUGGCCAUGUCCAUCCAGACAGGGCACAGCCUUCGAACUGCCUCAUAUAAUCUACCAACAGCCCAUGGCUGCUGAGAGCAGUGCCAACUCUUACCUGAACCUGUUACAAAUGGAUCGGCCAACAGGGGGCAUCAUGAUCUCGCCCUACUCAAAAUCAGAUACCAGACCAGAGUGGAACUCUGGGACGGCCUUUAAGGAUGGAAGCAGGAUCGGCCUAGAUUCAGGUGUGCCUGUCUCAGAAAUAACGAAGGAUUUGUACUGGUAUUGAAGAAGCAAUUUCUGGCUCUGUGAUGAAAAUAUAUUUUCAGCACAAGACUGCCUGUGUUUACAUUAUUAUAAGCUUAAGAAUUCUGUGCUUUUGGACAUCUGGCAUAGUGACUCAAACCAUUAUAUUCAUGGUAUCAGACAUUCCUCAGUGAUGAAUGGCAGUUAAUUGCUUAUUUUAGCCAUGAGCAUGUGAAGGAUCUUGUAGUGGGACAUAAGAUAAUACCAGGGCAAUGAAGAAUGAUUGAAAAUAAUUCACUUCUCUUAGCUAUUUGAUGGGUGAAUGAGGAAGUAAAGUCUAUUUAUAUGAUUUGUAAUACAAUUAUAGUUUUACCGAACUUUCUUUGUGUAUAGUAUUCUGUGUUUUGAAAGUUAAUAUUAUUACUAUAGACCAUAAUUUUCGUAAUGCAAAAACUAUAGUCAUUUGUCAGCAAAUAUAUUCAAUAUAGUUACUUUUAAAUUUUAUUUUCUCUCUGAAAAGUUCCCCAUACCUUGGGGGAUGAAAACACAAGUGUGUCAACUCUCUAGGUCAGGUUACACAGAAGGCCAAGUAAUGCUGAUGCAAUGGCAAAAGUGAACUGACAUGAGCAAACCAAAAAUAAAUUUCUUCGAAAUUGUG